ACCGCUUUAUGCAGAAACAGUCAGUACACUCGUGAACGCGCGACCGAUAGCUGCAUAGUUUUAUCGGUUCUAUUAACGAAAAACUUUAGUUUUACGCGCUACUGGAUUGAUUUAAGCGUACAAAGACAUAACAUGGAGCUUGUUUAAUAUUCUUACAACGUUUAGUUGUGUUUUCUUUGUGUUUUGGAAAGUAAAACACCAGGGGAUAACGGAGCGCAACUUAAUCGAAAUUGUUAUUGCGUGACACACUUCAGCGCUUAGCACAAGGCAAAUAUGCAAACUCUCUUUCCCAUAAUGCAUUGCGGUGCGUCAUUCACAUGCGCGGUUUAAAGAAAACAGUGAUUGUUUAUACAAAAUAGCGUAUUAUAGGAAGUGAAAGAAAACAGGAUUUCUUGCGGUUUAGGGACGUACAGUGUGAGUUGUAUUGUUACAUUUAUCACCAAAAAAUGUCGACUGCGGCUGAUAUCGAUGAUGAUAGCGCUCGUUUGUGGAUCCUAUCAAUAAUUGAUCAGCUACGUCACAGAAAAGCUCGCCCCGAUCUGGAGCGGAUUUGUCAUUUUGUCCAACGAAAGUACGGGCUUCCUCGCAAAGAAGCAGAGAACUAUCUAGAGCGACUAGUGGACGACGGAACUGUGAUUAAAGUCGUGUAUAAACGUGGAACUAGCUAUAGGAACGCGUCGAGAGCGAAGAACCGAACAUACGUAUCGAACGUGCUGAAUUCUACAUCAGCAAGUUUACGAAUCAGUGAAGCGGUUCGAGAGCUAUUGAACACGAAGCGGCGGAACCAAAAUAACUUUGACCAUGAAUCCGAAAGUAGAGGUAGCAGCUUCGAUGAGCGGAAUGACCCCAAUGAAAACAAUGAGGAGGAAGAAUGGUCGGAAAGUGAAGGGGUGAACUCGAGCGACAUUGAGGCGUGGCUUACCGCUAAAGGAGACGCCCGCGUGUACCCGAUUCACUGGAUCCUUCAACGGGAAGUUGACGCCGGAAACCUGGUGAUGCUUAAAAACGGAAACUUCUUACCGCGCGGUUACGAGGUCGACUCAACCCAAGACGAUUCGCGGUCGAGGUCGCCGGAGAUCACCGAAUACAGGAGCAGCCCGAAAAAACCGCUUCCCGUUGUUUCGAAACGCGGACGCCCACCCAAGCGCAAAUUUCCGAAUGUUGCGCGCAGUUUCAGCUGGGCCGGAAGUGGUUCGAAGGCGGCGAAUUCCUCGUCGGUGGCGUCGACGGAAUCGGAAACAGCGCCCGUGCCGGUAAUGCCACCUCAUCUGUGCGACUUCUGUCAGAACUCAUCCGAAUGCAAUAAGAACGGAACUUUUGAAGAGCUGCUUUUCUGUAAAGAUUGCAACGCGAAGGCGCACCCGUCAUGCAUGAACUAUUCACCGGAACUAGCGGCCCGAGCGCGCAACACCGCCUGGCAGUGUAUCGACUGCAAGAUGUGCUGCAUCUGUGAUGACGCCGGCGAGGCGGUGAGUGACGACUGUAUGCUGUUCUGCGACGCAUGCGACAAAGGCUACCACAUGCAGUGUCACGAACCGGAAGUGGUGGAAAAACCGCUCGGCAAGUGGGUGUGUAAUGGCUGCGUCCUAGACGGUGUUGACGUCGAUGACGUAGAGGAGACGGUGUCUAACGUAAUUGACUCGACCGUACGUACGGACGCCGAAUCGAUCGCCAGUGUACGGAAUGGAAGCGAGAGAGGGACGGUGGGGCGCGAGGAACAGUACCCUGAUGCCGCUUCCUGGAGCACAGAGGAAGUCGCCACCUUCUUCACCGAGAAAGGUUUCGGAGACCAGGCACAUGCUUUUCGGGACCAGGAAAUUGACGGCCAGUCGCUACUGUUGCUCAAGAGGUCGGACGUUCUUCAGGGUCUGUCACUCAGGUUAGGCCCCGCCCUGAAGAUCUACAACCAUGUGAUGAAACUCCAGUCAGCAGGCGUUACCAGAACGUGACCUGUCACGUGACUACGUGGAAGUGACGUCAUUAGAAUAUUUGAAGUUUUUUGACGCCGGUGUUCAAAAUGAGUCAAAAGAAAUAGUAAUUGGCUCGUAUCUGUGAUCUGGUAACGAUCAUCUGGAACAAACAAUUGGAACGCAUUCGUAUAAAAUAUUAAUUCAGCGUUUUGUCAAGCGAUUUUGAUAUUGCGGAUAUGAUUAAUUUAUGAACACAGAACUUUGUUUUAAAUAGCCAGAAAUAAUUGCAUUAUCAGUUCUUAUUCUUUUCGCAUUUUCAUUGACUUAAACAGGUUUGACAUUGUAUAACUGUGUGGUUUCUCAACGAGCCGUGCUUUGAAACCGUAAGUAUGCAUUUUAAAAAUAACAUACUGAGUGUAUAGUUUUACUGAAAAACAUGCACGAUUUCCCCGCAUGCCAUAUGUAUGAAUAUGAUUUAAAUCAGAUGUGAUAGAAACGUUCUUCACCUUUACACGUAUGUCAGAAACAUGUAUGCAUUAUUGUUCUCGUGUAAUUAAUACUGUAAAUGCAUUCCAAAAUAGUUUUCUUUGUAAUUAAAUAUAUGAGGGUGUUAACCCACCUCAAACUGUUUAUGCCACAACUGAGUGGGAGGCAUUAUGUUAGCAAGGGACCUAUACAAACGUAUACAAAAGAAAUUUGUAUAGGUCGCUGUGUUAGCAUAGCACUUAUCUGUCUGUAUGUACAUGUACGUAUGUACGAACUUACUCCCGAGGAUUUUGUUGUUAACUCUUCUUAAAUUACUGCUUGCACUGCGCUAAACUUUCAUUUGAAUGGGCUAUAUGUGUAGAUCUUCAAAAAAGAAAUAUUCGUCAUAGUUACGGCCCUUUGUGAGUUUUUCGGCUUAAACCCAUGGAUGGAUUUCGCGAAAACUUACAUGUGAAUUACCAUAAUGUAUAGAUAAUCGUAAGGAAAUAAUUUUCGGAUGCUACACUUUUUGUGGAACAAUUAUGGCCAUUUGUCUGUGUUUUUUCCACUUGAGAUUGUAUGGUCCCAACAAAAAUUGUUUUCAACUGCUCUUUAAAUACUGUGUGGGCCUCAUCAAAGUUUCACAGUUGAAUGACUUCAAUGUGUAGAUGAUCUUAAAGAAAGAAAUUUGGGCUUUGACAAGUUUUGGGAGAAUUAUGGCUUGUUUUUCACCUAUAUAAUACAUUACCCCAAACAUUUGUGUUUAACUUCUACUUUACUUAACUUUUAGAAUCUCGCGGAACAUUUGUAUGACCUUAAUGUGUAGAUGAUCGAAAGAAAGGAAUGGUGAAUCAGAAUGGGACCAGUUUUGGAAUUAUGGCCCUUUGUCUUUUUGUGUAUUUUAGAAAUCAUAGUGCAUUUGUCAGUUUCCAAACAUGUAUUGUGGACAUAUCAGUGUCUGUGACACAUUUCCAGUUAUUAUCUACACUAUGGCUACAAAUGAUUAACUUACAUCUAAACCAAUAAUACAUGUAGUUCCUAUACAUUGUGUUGUUACACACAAUUAUUUAUGUGAAAGUUAAAUAAAUGUCAAGAAUAAUUUGUCGUAGCAGCAGGUUAUUUCGAUAAGAUAAAUUGGUGGUUGACAUAAUCCCUUUUUAUUGCUGAUUAAAUGGCUUUUUUAUUUUGACAUCAGAUAUAUAUGUGUCUUGUUCUGAGAAAACUGGGCUUAAUUCAUGUGCGUAAAGUGUCAUCCCAGAUUAGCCAGUGCAGUCAGCACAGGCUAAUCAGGGACGACAUUUAACGCCUAAACUUGAUUUUCGGUAAGGUGGGACUUCCUUGAAACUAAAAAUACCAUUAAAGCAGAAAGUGUCGUCCCUGAUUAGCCUGUGCAGACUGCUUUAUGCAUUAUGACCAGCUUUCACAGAACAAGGCACAUAUGAACAUUGUUCCACGUGCUUAUCAUGUACAUAUUGAUAGUUGUUGUUGUUCUUGCUGUUUGUUCUUUUCCAUGAUUAUUUUUAUAUUGCUCAAGUCAUGAAUCAAAUAAAGCAAUAAAAAACUU